AUGUGGAAGGGUACAGAUUUGGGCAAGGCUUACAUAAAAUAUACGAUAGCUACAAAACAAAAGGAGGUUGAUGCCGCCUUAAAAGCUCUAAAGUCAAAUUCCAAGAACCGUAAGAAGUUGAUCGGUUUGAGCAUGGAACCAAUUCAAGAACCAAGACAAGAAGAGUUAUCAGCUUAUGUUCUCCUUUGUGAUGAAAGUCGAUGCGUUAUAAUUGACCUUGCUUCCUUACAUGUUAUACCCAAAUCUCUCUACGAAUUCAUCACUUGUUCGAGCUUUACUUUCGUAGGUUUUGAGAUAGCGGAUACAAUUGCUCCUAGACUUGAGAAGUAUGGUUUGGUGUGUAAGAACGUCCUCGAGGCUGGACCAUCGUUUCCCAAAACGCUUUCUCAGCUUCUGUCUCUGCGUCCAGGAGAUCGUAGGACGACCGUAGGUGUACUUUCCGUUACUAACUAA